GCGACUUCCAUCACCCUUCCUGGGUUUUAACAUUUCUCUGUCUUCCCUCCCACCUAUUAUUCUUACAGAUGCCCCGGUGGCAGAGCUACAUGACCUGUUCUGUAAGAAGCUGCAGCAGUGCUGCGUGCUGUUUGAUUUCUUGGACUGUGUGGCCGACCUGAAAGGGAAGGAGAUCAAACGUGCGGCGCUUAACGAGCUGGUGGAGAGCGUGGCUACUAGUAGAGGAGUCCUCAUCGAACCUCUCUACCCAGAGGCCAUAAAGAUGAUCUCCGUCAACAUAUUCCGCACCCUUCCUCCCAGUGAGAAUCCAGAGUUUGACCCUGAGGAAGACGAGCCGACUCUUGAAGCUUCAUGGCCACAUCUGCAGCUGGUGUAUGAGUUCUUUCUGAGAUUCCUGGAGAGUCCAGACUUCCAGCCAUCCAUGGCCAAACGCUACAUCGACCAGAAAUUUGUCCUGCAGCUUCUGGAGCUGUUCGACAGCGAGGACCCUAGGGAGAGGGAGUACCUGAAGACGAUCCUGCACCGUGUCUAUGGAAAAUUACUGGGCCUCCGAGCAUAUAUCCGCAAACAGAUCAACAACAUCUUCCUCAGGUUCAUUUAUGAAACUGAGCACUUCAACGGCGUGGCGGAGCUGUUGGAAAUCCUCGGCAGCAUCAUAAAUGGCUUUGCUCUGCCCCUGAAAGCUGAACACAAGCAGUUCCUGGUGCGGGUCCUCAUCCCGCUACAUACAGCAAAGUCCCUCUCCAUCUUCCAUGCACAGCUGGCCUACUGUGUGGUGCAGUUUAUGGAGAAAGAUGCUACAGUGACUGAAUACAUCAUCAGGGGGCUGCUCAAGUACUGGCCGAAAACCUGCACCCAGAAAGAGGUGAUGUUUCUGGGGGAGAUUGAGGAGAUUUUGGACGUGAUAGAGCCGUCACAGUUCAUCCGUAUCCAGGACCCUCUCUUUAAGCAGAUUGCUGCCUGUAUCUCCAGCCCUCACUUUCAGGUAGCGGAGCGAGCUCUUUACUUCUGGAACAAUGAGUAUAUCCUCAGUCUGAUAGAAGAGAACUGUCAAGUCAUCCUGCCACUGGUGUUCGGCACCCUCUACAGAGUCUCCAAGGAGCACUGGAACCAAACUAUCGUGUCUCUGAUCUACAACGUGCUGAAGACUUUCAUGGAGAUGAACAGCAAACUGUUUGAUGACCUCACUGCCUCCUACAAAGUGGAGAAACAGAAGGAGAUGAAGCGAGAAAGGGAGCGUGCAGACCUCUGGCGAGGCCUGGAGGAGUACCAGGAGCGUCGAAUGCAGAUGCUUACAGAGGCCGCCAGGAACCAGCGCAACCUCCAGGAGAGGGUCGAGAGAGGAGACCCGCUGAGCCCUUCCUCCCCACAGACGGCUCAGUCCGACCAACUCGAGCCAAAACCCAGCGGGGCGUCCUCUGGAGCCGGGGAGAGCGCCACCUAGGCACCGCUGCACACAUGAGGGAUAAUACUGGGGGAAGGGUAGUGGGACUUGAGCUUAGUGGUGAAAGUGUUGGGAGACAGAAAAGGUAUAAAAUCACUUCUUUUUAUCAUGUAUCAUGGAGGUGGCAGCUUCUUGUACAAAGGUGCAAUCUCUGUGAUGCAAAGCUGUACCUUCUUUCUGACAGCAUUGUGUGAAACUGGUUCACUUUUAGCUGUACACACGUCAUGUUGCAGUUCAUUACUCUAAAAAGGUGCAGCCUGUCAUGUUAUUUAUUAUCCCAUUCAGUAAACUGCAGACCAGCUGCAAAACAAAGAGACAAAGUGUCUCUUUUGGUGUCUAACUUGUCUUGACAUUUGACCAACAGAGUCAUAGUCUGUACUGUGGCCUCAUCUUUAUCUUUUUAACUGAAAGAUGCUUAAUCCUGACGUGCAUAGCACAAUCCAUGAAUGAAAACAGAUGAAGCAAUUUCACACAAAUGUCUCAAAGCUAUCGCUGCACACAACCGACCAACCUACAUACAUGAAGGUACUUAGUGUAAAUAUCAGAGAAGAAACGAGCUACCAAAAGUGUAUGGCCGUUAGACAUAUGUCACACAACUGACUGAGACACACAGAUCCCUGUAAGCACCCAAACACACACAAAGAUUUACUCAGCCAGUUGUGGCGCUGACUCGUCCCCAUCUGGGUCCCACCACAGGAUCCCCUACAGUCCCAGUAAACUUCAAUUGAAGCCGAUUACGAUGGUGAUGACUCUGAUAUAAAGUACAAUAUUGUUCCUUCUUCUUACUUGUUACUCUACUACUACUACUCUACUCUAACUACUACUGAUGAUGAUGUUUUUAUAUAUAUAUAAAUAUAUAUAGAUAUACAUACGUCUGGAUAUUUCUGUAGCGUAUUAUGGAAGAAAAACUAGUGUAGCAGAAACCAUAAAAGGGGAAGGCCGACUAAAAAAUCCCAAUUUUUACGCAGUAAUGAGGCCAUAAUGUUAGUGCUGAAAUUCAGCAGAAAACCCCUUUAACAGACCUUAACUGAGGGUGGCAGGGAUAGACUGGAUAUGCAGCAGUUGUUUUUCUUUUGCUUUGAAAUCUUUGAAUCUCCAUAUAGACCAAAUCAACAGUUUUAAUACAAACUUGGUUGAAAAACUUAGAUAAAAACGUAGAUAAAUCAACAGGAAGGUUAAAAUGUAAGAGAAAAAUUAUCAACACUGUAAUGCAAAUAAAACAGAUUUGGUGAAUUGAUCAGAAGCAACUUGAUGAAUUGAUCUAUAAAGCAUUUUAGGCUAUAAAACUUUCUUUGAACAUAACUAUUUUCAAUAUUUGCCUGGAUGCAAUAUGAAUCAUAGCAGGGUGGAAUGAAAUCAGCAACAUCGACAAGAAUGAAGGCUGUUACGCUAGGGAGGGGAGUUAUAGAUUUUGCCUUUUUGAGCA